UUGCUCACCAAACAGCUUCACACUCUUCUCUCAUCAUAUACUAUAUAUCUACCUCUCUAGCUAGCUAGCUAGCAUGUCCAAAACACCAUAUCUAAUGGGGGAUUCGAUGGUGAAAUCCUUCAAAGCAAAAGACCAUACCCGUAAAGCUAAAGGCUUCACUUUCAUGGCCUCUGUCUUCUUCUUCUUCAUCUGUACCUCUAUCUUCUAUAUUCUGAACCACUCUCCCAACACUCUUACCAGUCUCUUGAACAACAACAUCUUCUGGUUUUUCAUGUCCAACACUCUCAUCCUCAUCAUAGCUGCUGACUACGAAGCUUUCUCUUCUUCUUCUUCCAAGACCAAUCAAGAUCAUUAUUACGAAGAGUAUGUCAAACACAGCCAAGCCAGAAAUUAUAAUCACUAUGUCACCUCAUCUUAUGUCGUCCCCACCUCCAAAUACGAACAAGUUGAUGAAAAAACUUGUGUCAUCGUCCCCGCCCAGCAAGAGCUGCUUCAGGAGGAGGAGGAGGAGAAAGAAAGUGUGGUUGAUCACGAUAGUGAAUCUGUUCCAGAACGUGUGCUUGAAAUCGUACCACAAAAUGACCUCAAGAAAUCACCACCAACACCACCACCAUCGACUGAGGAUAAACCAGUACAAGAUUAUAGUAAUAAUAUUAAAGCCUGUGAGGAGAAAACAUUAUACCCAGCUGGAAGAGCUGUGGGAAGAAGUAAAUCCGAUAGGUAUGGCCAUGUUAAGCGAGUGGUGAUUGACGAGAGAAAGAACAGAGUGAUUAGAAGGGCAGAGACGAUGAAAGUAGAGGAAGCAAGAGUAGAAGAAGAGAAUAAUGAGUUCUCAAGUAUGUCAAAUGAGGAGCUAAAUAGAAGAGUGGAGGAGUUUAUUCAGAGAUUCAACAGGCAGAUGAGGCUUCAGGCAGUUAGGAAUAGUAUUGUUCAUGAAGCUUAUUGAUCAGUAGAUCUUCUAAGUGUUAGCUAGCUACUAGAAUCCUAUGAGAGAAGUUAGGAAAUAUGGUGUUCCAAGAUUUUUGCUGUCCUUUGGCCCUUGUACUUUUCUUGUAUCUGUUGUCCUUUGGCUAAAUAGUAUAGUUUAUAUGUUUUGGACCUUACUACAAUGAGAGCCUUUAUAUAAUCAGUCAUAUCUUUUCUUGGGGCAUAAUUUUUCUA